GGUGCACCAAUCACUACUUGGCUAAGUAGUGGUUGACAUACACGAGAGAUGCUGUGAGUAUUACUUAUUGCAUUGUUUGAUAUAGAAAUUAAGAUGGUUAGUCCAUUGAGAUAUGGUUACUUGUGGUAAAAUAAAACUUGCUCAUCCGGGUUUAAGUCUCCGACUCAGCAUGGGUGUUUGCAUUUUUGGUUAAUUAUCUUUUUAGUAGUGAGGCGUCUAUGGUAACUCUAUCAAUCUCAAGAUUUGCGGGUCAAUAUCUCAAAAGACAUUCAUAGGGGUAGGAUGUGCAUACGUAGUUGUGUGAGUUUAUAGCCUUAUAGGAAUGAGUUUGGGUGCCUAUGUGUGAGCACAUGUACUCGCGUUCCGAAAAAAGAAAGAACGAAGGUUUAAUUUAUCAGAUAUUGACCGGGCGGCGAUGUAUGUUUUUUAAACUGAAGAAAAGGAAUGCCUGGUGCUGAUCUGAAAAAAAGAAGAAGAAAACUGUGCAUGCUCUGGAGGGUACUGAUGUGAAAACCCUGUGGAGGCGUGGACUGUAGCGGAUUCGGUAAGGAACGUCUGAACUGAAGGUACAGAGACGGCCGCGCCCACCCAGUUGAGCCUGAGGCUGAGGGCCAAAGUUGGCCAGACCAAGCGGUCUCAGAUGGAGCACGUCAGUCACGCAAAUUACAGUGUGGUGCUGUGGAGUCGUGGACUCAGAUUUUUCCUUUUCCUUGCGAAGGACAUCCGCUCUGAAUUAUAGCAGACUAAAAUCAGCACGGUCGCGGCCUCGCGCCGAGUGAAGAUUUUUUUUUUCUUUUCCUUUGUUUUUGGCUGGUACUACUGGUUGCAGUCUUGCAGAGCUGUAAAUUAGCACAAGUUACCUUCUGAGCUUGGUUAAUUCGGCUCUUGGUCCGGCCGUACGCCUCCACCCGCCGUCUGUCUUUCUCCUAAGCGGUGGCUGCGAGCGGGCCUGCGUGCCUUGCCUUUCUCUCGAUUCAUGGGCAUGGCGGCCUCGCCGGCUUGUGCUCCGGGGCUCAUCUCCGGCCCCACGCUCCCUCCCCAGCGCGUUGCCUUCCGUUGCUACUGGGCCCCAAAGCCCUCCUCGUCGUCGUCCCACACCAGGCGUCCGCGGCGCAGGCGCGUACUUGUGGUUGCAGCUGCCUCCGCCCGCGCCUCCCCUGCGGCCGCUCGGGGCCUCGACGCCGACGACUUCCGCCACCCGCUCGACAAGCAGAACACUUUGCUGCUAAGAGCGAUCCCUGGCCUUAACGACAUGGGCAAAGCUUUGCUAGGCCCGGUCUCUGAGCAAGUCAUGGUCCUCCAGAACAUCGGAUCAUCUGUUCUUGUCUCUCCAAACCAGCUGCCAGAACUUCACGAGCUCCUUGUUGAGGCUGCAAAACUCUUGAACACAGAAGCUCCUGACUUGUACAUACGGCAGAAUCCUGUUCCUAAUGCUUACACCUUAGCAAUCAACGGCAAAAAGCCAUUCAUAGUUGUUCACACAAGCCUUGUGGAGCUUCUUACUAGAAAAGAGUUGCAGGCUGUUUUGGCUCACGAGCUGGGUCACCUGAAGUGCGAUCAUGGUGUGUGGCUUACUUUCGCCAACAUACUAACAAUGGGAGCAUACAGUGUCCCUGGUUUUGGCAUGGUUGCUGGCUUCAUGGAAGAGCAGCUGUACAGAUGGCUGCGAGCUGCAGAGCUGACUUGCGAUAGGGCGGCUCUUCUUGUGGUGCAAGACCCAAAAGUAUUGACACCCUCAAAUUACUCUGUAAGUCUGUAUCAUCACCUAAUACUCAUUUUUGAUUGUCAAGAGGUUGUCAUCUCUGUUCUGAUGAAACUGGCUGGAGGAAGCCCAUCUCUUGCCGACCAGCUAAAUGUGGAUGCCUUCUUGGAGCAAGCUCGUUCCUACGACAAAGCUGCAUCAAACCCAGUUGGGUGGUACAUCCGGAAUGCUCAAACCAGAGAGCUUUCACACCCUUUGCCUGUGAUGCGAGCUCGCGAGAUCGAUGAGUGGUCAAGGAGCCAGGAGUACAAGACUGUAAUGCAAAAAUUGAUUCAGCUGGGGCUAAACAAAUUCGAUUCCGCCGCGCAGCGAAGCGUGGUGCUGGACAUCGAGGGCACGACGAGCCCCAUCUCGUUCGUCACCGACGUGCUCUUCCCCUACGCCCGCGACAACGUCCGCAAGCACCUCGACGCCACCUACGGCUCCGACGAGACCAACGACGACAUCGCCAUGCUGCGUGCCCAGGUGGAGCAGGACCUGUCUGAGGGGAUCGCCGGCGUCGUCCCGGUCCCGCCGGACGAGGCCGGCAAGGACCCGGUCAUCGACGCGCUGGUCGCCAACGUGGAGGCCAUGAUCAAGGCGGAUAGGAAAAUAACCUCGCUGAAGCAAUUGCAGGGCCACGUCUGGAGAACUGGAUUCGAGAGCGAAGAAAUCAAAGGGGUGGUGUUCGACGAUGUUCCUCCGGCACUUCAGAAAUGGCACGCUAGCGGCAUCAAGACUUACAUAUACUCAAGUGGCAGCAGAGAAGCCCAGAGGCUUAUUUUCGGGAACACUACCUACGGGGAUCUUAGGAAGUACCUCUGUGGAUUCUUUGACACAACGGUCGGAACCAAGAGAGAAGCACGCAGCUACUACGAAAUUUGGCAGUCGGUCGGGGUAGAUCGGCCGUCGCAGAUACUGUUCUUGACAGAUGUGUACCAAGAAGCCGCAGCGGCAAAGGCUGCAGGUCUUGAGGUACUAAUAUCUAUCAGACGGAACGCGCCACUCCCUGAAAACCACGGGUUUCAGACAAUCACUACAUUUGCUGAUAUCUUAUGAAUUACGGAUAUGCAACCUGCCAUAUGCACAAAUGUGUUAUCUCCAAAAGGGAAGGACCUAAUUUCAGAAUUUUUAUAUGUAACCGGCACAGUUAACAAUUUAGCAAGUCAGAGGCAGCCAAGUUGAAAGAGUAUAUUCAAGACCUUUUGCAUUUCA